CGGAUGGUGAGUGGUGCGUGGGGCGUUUGCCAAGCCGGGGAGCCUGAUAGUCAUACAUGCUCCGUUUCUUCUGUUCAACUGUUGUUUCUCAAGCCUCACCCAUCACGGCACAUCCAGUCCUCCCUCUAUCUUCUAUCUCCUAUCCUCUGUCAUAGUGUCAUAUGUCCCAUCCACUUCCCUGAGCUGGUUCCGCCGACAUCACUGCACUGCUGCGGCGCUCCAGACCAAAUCUCCAUUCGCGUGUUUCAAGACGCCCAGGUACCUUCGCACUACCAAACAUGCACACGACUACAAGUCCCACCAGCGUUCGGAAUCAGUUUCUUCAUUGCCGUGACUCGCUCUGCUUUGGCGGGGGCCAGAACCUCAGCCCUACACCCUUCUCUUCCGCUGACUGCCCGACUUCUCUCGAGCGAUCAAGCAACUAAACUCGUCAACCAGGGCGUCGUCCUUCAUCACAUAAUAAGCAAUCGCCAAUUUGUCAACUCUUGUCCUAUGUAAUCGGAUCCACAAUCUUUAGUCGUCGGCGUGGGUCUCUUUACAAAGAAUGUCACUCGGGCCUAAAACGGGCCACCACGUUGUCCCAUCUCCCACUCCAUCUCCAGCGUAGAGCAGUUCAUCCCUUAACGGCACCGGGGCAUUUCCAUUUCAACGCCCUCGAUAUCACAUGCUGAUACGCCAUCAACACCAUGUUGUAGCAUGUGGAUAGGUCCUCCAUUAGUGCAUGUAAUACCACACCAAUUGAGACUCUAGUGACCUUCCCCUUUGACGACUCUCGCGAACCACUACAGGGACGCCUCCAACCUGUCCCACCUACCUCUAUUAGUUUACUUGCAUGGUUAUCCAC